CUUCCCCUCGUUCGGCGAACUUGUCCCAUCACUUGAGAUGUACUUGGCUGCGAGUCGAUGCCCCUCCUUCUUUUAUGCGGGCGUGUAUAUGUUCCCGACCCAACCCAACCCCAUUUCUUCCCCCUCCUCCCUUUCGCAAAUGACUUCAAACUUUUCUGUUGUGUCAAGUUUGCGCCUCCUCUAAUGGACGGACACCCAGGGUGACGUUUAUUGAGUCGUCAUUGUUUGAUAGCUUUGUUUGGACCAAGAUGUAUCCACGGCGAUUGGAAGACUUGUAAAGAUGAUAGGCGGCUGUGACUUAUUGGAUUUUUUUGAACACAGUUCCAAAUGAUUUUUUUUUCCUCCUGUGACAUCCGAGUGCAGAUUUGAGAUGUGAGCGCAGCAUGCUGGCAGUGACUCAGCUCACUUGUCAAGCGGCUGCGCUGGCUGGCUGGCUGGCUGGCUGGCUGGCUGGCUGGCUGGCCUGCCGGCUGGCUGGCUGGCUAGCUCGCCGCCUUGAAUCUUCAAGCAAUGCUUUGAACACAAACAGCGCAGCAACACAGACCAACAAUUGAAUGGUGUCAAUGAAGAGGAUAUGCAACUGUGGGAUGUUGCCCCUCACGCACCUGAUGUGGCAGGCCAUGGAUGGAUGGAUGGAUGGAUGGAUGGAUGGAUGGAUGGAUGGAUGGAUGGAUGGAUGGAUGGAUGGAUGGAUGGAUGGAUGGAUGGAUGGAUGGAUGGAUGGAUGGAUGGAUGGAUGGAUGGAUGGAUGGAUGGAUGGAUGGAUGGAUGGAUGGAUGGAUGGAUGGAUGGAUGGAUGGAUGGAUGGAUGGAUGGAUGGAUGGAUGCGCUGUCCAAAACACUUUUGUUCCUGACUUGCAGCUUCUCACUGGGUUGGUUCUGUGCCAUUUGAACUGUUGGAGGCGUGUCCAAGUUGUUGACUUUGACCCGGGUUUUGAGGAACGCUUUUGAGGGCCAACCCUUUUGCGAUUUGCUCCAAAUUGCAAACGGUUGGAUUGUUUUUUUUUAUGGCGGGCGGGCGGGCGCUAUCGAAAGGAUGCGGCGCUCUCAUGUCGCGUCGCUUUCUCUCGUCCUCGGUAUCGGGAAUGAGUCUCCAUCGCAAGUAUGAAAGCCGGCUCGGUCUGUGUUGGCCGCAAAGCCUCGGUUAGUGAAACUUGAAAGGCAAAUUGAAUUGAGGCCUGUAAAUGGUUUGAGAGACAGACGGGAUUCGUUGCAUGUAAUUGGCGCAGCUCUCUGGCAAGCACGCACAUCCGCACCGCAAUAGUAUUAGGCCGCUCGCUCGCUCGCUCGCUCGUGCCGUGACUCAGCCAGCCAGCAACGGUCCGGCCCGAACCCAUGGUCGCUCCUGUCUUGCCGGUGAAUGUUUUCUUUGUCCCGUUGUGUUGUUGGUUUUUGGCCAGACCGCAUUGAUGGACUUGCGGGUCAGUCGAGAGGUGAAAGCGGCGACGCGAGCAACUCCAGGCAGGAGCAUCUCAAGGCACACAUCUGGAAGGAGGCCGUGAGACCAGAUAUCCAAACGAGGCGCUAGUUGCUACGCGUGAGUCACCCACGUGCGAAUCCCGCGCCCGCCGGCCACGACGAUGACGAGGCCCGAUCAGCAGGACGCGUGAAUCAAAGGGCCAUCGAUGCAUAUUUUCCGGAUGGCCCGUCGUCCGAGCUGAAGGCUCACGUGGGCUACAGAAAGACAAAAAGCACACAUUUGGCAUCUGAGCGAGGGAACUUGCUUAUAUGACGCCGACGUUGUUAUCGGCCGACUUUAUUUCUUGGCGCCUUGGCGUCCGUCCGUCGCUCGGCUCGUGAGAUUCCGCGCAGGGGUCGGGCGGGUGCCGUUCCGCCGAAGCCACUUGGGCCUUUUCCUCCUUACGGUAAAGAAGCUCUUUGGAACCUCUUAUGUCAUUCCCCGGAGGAGACAUUGAUAGCGAGCGCAUUACUAUAAGCCACGGGAAGCGUCCCGCGGGACCUCUGCUCUGCAUUUGGAUGCCUUUUGAAUGCGCCACGCUCGGCGUGCAGGGAAAACCAAUCUACCUUUUGCAUCAAAUGCAACUUCAUUCUCGCGUGAAUUCCUUCCCAGGCGUCAUGGCCGGACCCAUGGGCGGGUCAUAGCCCUUCUCAAUGUCAAAUCCUUCCACUCCUUUUCGUCCGGAAUGGUCGGAAAGGCAAGCCGACGCGGCUAACGAUGCACUUUAGGCGCUCGGCGACUCUUCUGAGGAAAUUCUUGGCUGGGGAGCGGCGUUCUGCAGAAAAGCCCAAUGGCUGCCAUGAAAAGGCACUCAGCCGCUCGCUCGCUCGCCUGGCCGCACAAGCGGGCGGGCCGGCCGGCCGGCUGGGCCGGCUCGCUCGGGUUACACUUUGGCCAUUAUCCAAGGCGCUGUCCGUCCCAUUUGGAGCCAUUGCGACUCAUCACAGUACUCGCGACCUUUGUUUUACACCAAAUCUUUGGUGAGUGUGUCAUUGUGUCAUUGCGCAAUGCGCAUUGUGAAGUCUGAUCACUUUCUUCUUGUCCUAUUGGCGGCUACUUUGGCCUUCUUAAUCUCGACAUUCCAUCCACAGUUAAUGUAACGCAAAAUAAGACGGCAAGCGGGCCAGGUUGGCUAAGACGUGCUGUGCUGUGCUGUGCUGUGCUGUGCUGUGCUGUGCUGUGCUGUGCUGUGCUGUGCUGUGCUGUAAAGCACAACACAAACAGCGGCAGUGUGGGGCUUUUUUUCACCAGCUUAGCGGCUGGCUGGCUUACAUAUUUUGCACAGAUUACUUAACGGGUGACUCAAAAGUCGUGAUUCCGGACAAAAGAUGCCGUGCGCUAAGCGGCCCGCUCUCCGGCCGGCCGGCCGGGAGGGAGGGAGGAUGGCGCGCGUGCGCCGGGGGGGUCCGAUUUCCCGUGGCGUCGAUAACCCGAGCCGGCGCGUCCAACGUCGUCAUCGGUUCCUUUGCAAAAGCGUGAAAGCAUCUACUCGCUACGUUGUCAGCGAGGUGACCUCGCCGACGUCAUGGAGGCCAUGGGCCUCCUCUCUCGGUCCACAACUUGUCCAUUUGCGCCAUUUUGGCUCUUUGUCCGGGAAAAGCGUUAAGGCCUUAGCCGCUUGGUGACGUUUGCGGUUUGCUGUUAUUUUCUUUUGGCCAUCUGGACGUCUUCAAAUUGUCUUCAGUCAUUUCAUCACCCUUCUCUCUCUGGCUGGGAAAAAGAUAGUUAAGAACAAGAAUGGUUAAGAACAACAAGAAAGGAAUGAAAAGUGAGGGGGGACCUCGUCUGCGUGCGUGCGUGCGUGCGUGCGUGUGCUGGCUGGCUGGCCGGCUGGGCGGCCGGCCGGCCGGCCAGCACAGAAAAAGCUAGUGCGUUCCUUUCCUGUUCAGAUAAGAGCGGCCGUGAUGUACGGCCCGUUUUAUGCGCUCGGACGGAACGAUGAUUUAUUCCAGUGGAAUCAAGUCCAAGUCAGAGGAAUGGAAGUACGUGUGUGUGUGCGUGCCAAGGGCAGGCGCAAAUCAACAAACACGCCGUCCGUCUAGCAGCGGACACAUAUCAAAUGAUUUAUCGGUCCUGGCGGCCGGCGUUGGUGGCCCGUCGCCAAGCGGGCCGGGAAUCAAACCUCUUUGCAGUUUCCCCAUCCGCUUUCCUGCUUCACGGGACUGGAAAUUGCAGCGACGGGAAAAUGAAGCUUUGAAGUAGCUUUCGCCAAGCCGUCGUCGCAGUUUGGGAAAAAUGGCAAGAAUCUUACCGAGCACUUUGUAAUCCUUCCCGGAAGCAUUGCUUUUGCCUUUUUUCGACAGGAAAGAAAUAGCCUUGCCGGCCGGGUCCGCUCCGCGCUUAAGUCAACGCGGGCCCAACGGGCCGGGCUCUCGUGAAGAAGGCGAGGCAGAAGCAACAAAGCCGUAAAGAAGCCGAGCGUGGCGGGCGACGGCGGCCUGACGCUAGCCAGACGCGCGCUAGUGACGGAUGGACGACAAGCGAGGAAGACCGAGGCUAAACAAAAGUGACGGCCAAAGCGCCGCUUUCCAGGCUUUCUUGACAAAGUGGGACAAUCCGUCAGUGUGCACUCGGCCCGGUAAAGACACUCGCACUCUGUGAAUCACAUUUGGGCGAGGGGGGAACUUGAAAGAAUGCGACCAUCAAAGUGCGCCGUUGCCAUCAACAAAAUAGCAGCGCCGACGUUGGCAAACGACUUCAUUCCAUGUUGUCAGCAAGCGACCGACGCUGACCUUUCGGAGAGUGACCUCUCUCUUGGUGCAAACUUUCUGCACAGCCGCUCGCGUUGGAGUGCUGCCCUCUGCCUUUGGGAAAAUGCAAGAACAACAGCGGGGUGGAAGUGGGGCUUGGAUUUUGGAGGGAGGGUAGGAGGGAGCCAGACACCAGAAACUUCUUCUCUCCACGCCCUCUUGGCCCUUCUUCCUAUCAGGUGUACUUUGAACAAGCCCGUGUUUGUCUCGGGCGGGGCAGCGAGGCAAGGCGAGCGCUGCUGCGGCGGCGCCGUGUGUCGCAAGAGACCAGCAUUCGCUAACGUGCUCGGGCAAAGCAUGGGAUCGCGUGGAAUCCCGGAGAGCCCGCAAAGCUGAAGAGGACCGAGACACUAUGGAGAGCGGCAGCGAGACCUCCAAAAUCCUGGAGAAGGGUCCGGACUACCUUCGCAAGCAAAUGGACCUGGAGAGCGAGGCCAAAGGGCCCGCCGCCAGCGCCGUGGAGCGACUGGCCGCCAGCAGGCCCAAGUACGUGAAAAGCCAACAGGCGGUCAGCGCCACCGGCGAAGCGCUCGUCGAGCCGCCGCUCGUCGAGCCGCCGCUCGUCGAGGCGCCGUCCGACGACCGGAGCUCGGCGCCCCCCCGAGCCUCCCCGCAGAGCCGCUCCCCGACGCAGGUGCGGCGCUCCAGCUCCAAAAAGCGCCCUGACUCCAUCCUGCUGUACAGGCAGAAAUGCGAGCUGCUGAGGGCGGGCGGCGGCGGCGGCGGCCAGCGCAAACAUCACAUCACGCGCAAACUGCUUAGGAGCUCGGCCAGCAAACCCGUCAGCGUACCCGAGGCGGCCGAGAAGGAGCCCGACGAGGAGGAACUGGGCGCGCCUCGGCCUUCUGCCGGGGAACGCCGCUCGAGUACCAGGACCCCGACGCCCGAGAGAAGGCGGAGCGGAGCUCGCGCAGCGGCCCCAAAAGAGGCAUGUGCUCAUCUGCUGAGCGUUCCCGCCAGCGGCAGGGCCAAAGGGGUGGCUCGGUCCCGCUCGGACAUCAGCUCCAGGUACUCCAAGAACUUUGCCGACUUUGACGCCUUCUUCAAGUACUGCGGCCUGGACGGGGAGGUGGUCGAGUCUCUGGGUAAGGAGAACUUCUCGGCGCGCUCGGACGAGACGGCCGUCAAGCUGCGCAGCGUCAGCGUGGCGGCGUCGGACGACGGCUUCUCCCGCGACGGCAGCGACGGCCUGCAGGAGGAGGUCCUGCACGAGAAGAUCCGCCAGGGAACCUCGGUCAUCGAGCGCAACGCGAGGAUCAUCAAGUGGCUGUACAGCUGCAAGAAUGCCAAGGAGAGCGGCAAGAAGUUGAGAGACCUGGACUGAACUGAAACCGGCUCCCACCGGGGGCUUUCCCGGCUGACUUUGGGUGCACCCCCAGGACUGGACCGGACUGGGGAUUGAGAACAAAUUAGCCCAGGUAGUUUCACAGAUGGACCUGCUUGGAGCUUGUGAAACUGCAUAACAUAAUAACGUUAAUGCGCACUGGAUACCUUUCACAAGACUGACUGUCAUCCCAGACAAGUCCUGUCCUGUCCUGUCCUGUAAGAGAGAUUUCAAAUGUACCACCCACAGGCUAUUAUUUGGUCCCUUCUUCUUUUUUUUCUAUUGAUUGUACUUCACUUUGCACAAAUGAGAAUUUUGCAUUUUGCAUUCCAUCUUGAGCUUCUUUUUUCACGUUUUCUCCCAUUUUGCCAGGUUUCAUUUGGUUUCUAAACUCCUGCAGGUCAUGUUGCUGUUGUUCCUAUGAUUGAUGGAAGUGGAAUUAAAAAUUGGAUUAAGAUGGGUAAAUGUUCAAGGCCCAAGUCGCAAAUGUACGACCCCCCGCUGAACUCUGCACUUUUGCUAAUAUUAGCACUCUUGUGAGAAUCAUGGUGUCUUCAUUGUUGUCAAUAGUUUGCAUUAGUACUAAAUAUGAGAAUCCACCCCCCAUUUUGGACAAAACAAAACAAAACAUAACCGUAGUACAUGUGCGACAACCGCUGUCACGUGUAGGGGCGAGAAAACAAAGGAUUAGAAGGCGGGCAAGCAGAGAUUGACAGCUCUGUCCGGCCAAUCCGCAGCGGCGCUCCGAGUAGCAACCUAGCUAACUAUGCGCGCUUCGACCAAUCGGAGAGGAGGUGGGCGGAGCUGCACGCCAGCCUUCCGCAUCUGUGUUGACUUCCGUCGUCAACAUUACCAGCAGCAGAGGGAGAAGAGAAGAGAAGAGAAGAGAAGAGAAGAGAAGAGAAGAGAAGAGAAGAGAAGAGAAGAGAAGAGAAGAGAAGAGAAGAGAAGAGAAGAGAAGAGAAGAGAAGAGAAGAGAAGAGAAGAGAAGAGAAA